AUGGAGACGACCAGUAGCGCCCGCGACGACGACGACGAGAACGACGACGACGUGGAGCUCUGGAAAGCCGCGCUGGGCGACGACAGCUUUGCCAGUGAGGCCGCGCUGGGGUAUACGUCGCACCCCGAGGUGGGCGCGAUCGACGCGCAGGCGAGCGAGUUGCACGCCCAACAAGUCGGUCCUCGACGCGCGAGACGCGGCGUAAAGUCGACUGCGGUCACUUCUGCUACUGCGAUUGCUACUGUUUCAUCGAUUGCGACUGUAGCAGGAAGUGCACAGCGGGUGAAGCGCAAGAACUUUAGCAAACCGCUCCAGCUCAUGUGCCUCGAACGCUAUGCGCAGUACGCACGAGACGUUGGGCGGCUGCCGGACAAGCACCGAACGCAGCAGAUUCUGCAGCACAGUUAUGUCGAGUUUCUGAAACAAGGCGGUGCAGCAGAAGAGCCACGACUGACGCAUGCCGAGUUCCUGAAGCUGAUACGCAAUCGACGGCGGGAAAUCCAUGCCAGAGCCCAGCGCGUGCCGCCACUGCUGAACAAACCGGAUGAAGGCACGGCCAAGACGAAGGUAGUGUUGACGCCUGCGAAACAGAAAUUGCAAGAGGAACACGCUAAAAUACGGGAAUUCAUUGACGUUAUUGACCGAGCGAGAGAACAAGCAAGGCUAGGUUCAGACCCACAACAGCAGCAGCAGCAGCAACGGCUUCGAGCACAGCAAUUUGUCGUGGGCCAUGAUACCUGUGCUCAGCAACGCCAAUCACUGCACCUUGCAACGGGACGUGACGUCACAGGGUCAGCGUCAAUGAUGGAAAGUUUGCCGCUACUGCCGGUAGAUCCGAUGGAACAAGUGGAGACAAUUUUACAAAUUUAUCAAGAAACGCGGGACGUGCAGCGUGAAAUUAUGGAAACGUUACGGAAGAUCAGUUGUGUGAUGAACCAGCAUGAAAGUCAGGGUGAUGUCGGGGAGCCGCCUAGUGCCAGUGUUUGA